AGUCUAUCCGUCUCAGUCUCCUACCCAUCAUGGGCGCAUAAAACACUCACAAAACGGACAGUGACUCUCAAGAUCUGGCCUAUCACAACCCACCACGUUGUACAUCUAUCCAAUCACAUCUCAUCACGUCCCCGAAUAUAGACCAGUAGUUAAACGGGCUUUGAACUCCCACCUCUAAUCUCACUUCUGGUUUUACCGCCUCUUACACAAGUGAUCUGUUCCGUUGCUUGAAAACCCCGGAACACCUGCGCCAGUGCUUCUUUCUUCUCUGCCAUCCGUCUACUCGUUCAGUCUCUUCACUCGGAAAGCCAAUCAAAUACCGCGGCGAGAUUUGUGAUCGGUUUUACGAAUCACGCAGAAUUGGGAAAUAUGUAGAAAAUUCAUAAUAAUAUCCUUAACAGUAAACAGCUUUUUUCACUUCGAAUUUUUUGCCUUUGAUUCCAUUUACUCAGAAUCUUUUCCUACAAAUUGUUGUGAACUUUUGAAGUGAAAAUGGGGGAUAAAAGUACGUGCUGCGAGCUGAAGCCAUGCAGUCAGUACAGGUACAGUCCGUUGUCGACAUGAACAUCAUAGCAACGUUAUAACGUUAAUCACUUCUUCCAUGCUUCCCGGGAUUGACUGACGCGAGCUGGGGGCGAUGAGAUUAUAUGAUCAUCUUCGACAUGGCUUUGCGAAGGUUCUGGAACACUCGAGACCAGCGAUCGUGUUUAUGAAAAAUCCAAAGACAUGUUCGCAUCCUACCUCAGUACCGCUUUCCACCUACAUAUGGCAACCCAUCAUGAAGCAAGUCACCCCGUACGUGGGACGUCCCAUCCGGUGAACCACAUCCACAAUCCAAGGACAGCAGCCGCUGGCGCCAUCCAACUUGCGUUGUGCCCAGGCUGUUUGAAGGUUGGGUUGUGGUCCUACGAGCGCAAGUCUACCAGGCAGAUGACUCGAUGUCGUAACGUGGGAUCGUUUUCCACGCGACAGCUCCAAGAAAAAAGUGUGUGUGAAGCUAGCCGCCAGCCAGCCUUGAAACGGCAACGGACGCAACCAAUGUGGUCGCCCAACACGGACUCGACCGAGGACGAGCUCACGUCCGACAGCGAUAGUGACUCCGACUCGACCGAAGUGGCAGAACGAUGGAAGGGGAAGGUCGAUGCUUUGCAUGCGCCAUAUGCGAGCGCCACUUAAAUGAACACCAUUAUUAUUAUUCUGAAGCACAACUACAUAUUAAUAUACACUGUACUACUACGUAGUACUACAUAGUAAUAGAAUGUCCAAACGUGUCAGUGAUUUGGGACGGAGUGGUAUUAAAUACUACGUAGUAGUUGUGAUUAGUGGUAGGUACUACGGUAG